AUGCCACGCAACUAUUCUAGAAAAACAGACCGAAAGGAUUGGGAUAAAACCUCCAUGGAAAAGGCUAUUGAAGCUGUAAAGAAUAAUGAAAUGGGCUGGCUAUUGGUUUCUAAAGUGUUUAACGUCCCACAAUCGACUCUAAGAAGACAUGCACUGAAACAAAAUAAAGUCUUAGCUCCAACUACAAAAGAAACGAGAUUGUUUGGAUUCACAAGAAAGGAAGUUUUGGAAUUGGCGUACCAGUUUGCAGACGUUAAUAAUAUUCCUCAUAACUUCAACAAUGAAAAAAAGAUGGCAGGCAAAGAAUGGUUGGCUGCAUUUUGA